GUUAGCGGUUAGUUUACACUCGGUACCAAGGAGACAACCGUACACAAAUACCUCAACAACCACGAAAACACACAAGCAACAAUUUAAUCCAGACUACCAACCAGUUAUGUAACGCGGUGAACAAGACUCGUGGAUAUUAAAGCUGUUUCUUACAGGAAGUUCCUGCAGGAGCCUGAUGCAAACAUGCCUGAUGCAAAGUCUGACAUGGAGCGAGUUGGGCUCUUUAAGGAAAUGGGCUACAUCUCCAUAGGGGACAAAUACAGACCCUUUACUUAUCGUCCGUUUAAUGAAGCUGCACAUAAAAACAAGCAGAUGUUGGUGAGUGGGCCAAAGAAGAAAUCAGCACUCCAGGCUGGCUACUUUGACACUCAGUUCAAGCGGAUCUUUGAGAACGAGGCAAUGACGGACCGUAUCAAAAUCCAAAGGCAGUACCAGAUUCAGCAGGCGAAGAAGAACUUAGCAAAGGCAUUUUUGCCCAGCAGUGGGGAAAAGAAAUCCUCAGGUAUUGGCAGUUACUAUGGAACACUCGGGGGUCCAGUUAAGGCUAUGAGUCCCUUGGAGAUUCCCAAGAAGACAUACAAAUCCCCUGGCAAGAACAUAUACACCAGUCCACCCAAGAAAGGGAGUGGAUAUAGCUUUCCAGAUGUCACACUAUCCAAAUUGGAAUUGUAUUCUUCUGAACCCUAUGACCGAGUGAGAGAGCUGCUAAAGCGUGAGGUGGCAUCUCACAAAACUCAGAUGAAAGGGGGGCCAUUUCGUUUGAACCUUCAUCCAAAGGAAUGUUUCGAUAGCAAUCCUUACAAGCUUAAUAAACCUCUGGCACUUUCAAACAUGGCAGAAGAAAAAAAGACGCACUUUGCUGUGCCUUUCAAACCAACGUCUCCUAGCAAAAUGAUUGGAGGAAUGAAAGCAGGAACAUUCGAUCCAUAUCCGUCCCAUUCCACAGACCCUUACGUCAUUAAGAAGCCGAAGUCAGAUUCAGUGAGCGCAAAUAAAGGGGUGAAAAUCUUCCACCCAUCGGCCGGCCCGAAGAGCACUCCAGUGAAGAGCAUUAUCUCUCUCAAUGUGAACAGGUUUGUGAAUGCCACCAACUACAAUCAAGUCCCCUCUGUGUUAGCAUAUUAAGUGGCGAUGUCUGGCCUGAACCAUUUGAUGAUGCAAUUGGAAAUCUGAAGAUGAAUUCUAUCUUCCAGCAACGUACUGAUGCAAGUAUAAUUUCAUUAAUGCCAGACGAGAAUGUUAUUGUGGUUGGAGGUGCACAAAAGUAAACCAUACCUGUCAUACAUUUCU